CUUUUAGAUUUUUUAAUCGGUUUUAUGUUAUAUAUUGCACAUUCAUCUCUUUAUUUUAUUAACUAUUUUAGUUUGUUUAUUUCUUAGUUUUUAAAUUUCGUUGAUUUUUUGCUAAUUCCGGAAUUAUUUUAUCAUUAUAUAUAUUGUAAACUGUUACUUGCUUAUAUAUUCUUCUAGAUUUUUUAAAAUUCACGCCAUCAGAAUUUUUAGUAAAUUUUCUUAUCUUUGUUUUUUAUAUUUUUCACUGGUAUUUUCUUGGGAUUUUGCUUUAUUUAUCCCUAAAAUUUUCUUUAGAUAUUUCUAUCUAUUUUUCCUUUAUCCUUGUCUUAUUUAAAAAAAUAUUUUUAUUUUUCAAAAGAUAAUUUUAACCUAGGUUGUUAUUUUGCAUUUUUGGUUAUGUUUUAUUUUUAAUAACAAUUUUAUUAUAGUUUAUCUAUUUUCUUUUUUUUUGUUCUUUUGUAUGUCUUUUUCUAUUUUUUUUUUAGAAUAUUGUAUUGUAUAUUUUAGAUACUAGUACUUUAUUUUUGUAUUUUUUCUCCUAAUACUCUUAAAUAUGUUUUAUAUUUUCCACUAUUAUAUAUUUUUGGAUGCUUUUGUUUUUGUUUUUUUGUAUUAAUAUUUUGUUUUUGUGCUAGUGUUUUAUUUUUUUAAUUACCAUUUUCGUUUAUUUUUUUAAACUUGUUGAUGCUGUUCUAGUUGUUUUAUAUGUUUGUUUUAAUUUUUUCUUCUUUUAGUACUUUAUUUUUGUUUUUUGUUUUGUGUUUUAAUUGUUAUCAAACUUUUUAAUUUAUUACUAAAUCUUGAAAAUUUUGUUCGUUGUUAGAUACUGUAGUUAAAAAAUUUGCAUUUUCAGAUAAUUGUGUGCAUAAUAUUCGUUUUAUACUUUGUCAACAUAAUCUACAAGCUCCAAGAAACCAUCCCUCAAUGGAAACCGAACGUUGACCCAACUUCAUAUCAUCACAACAUUCGAAAAAUCUCCUUCCGAAUAACAAUAUUUCAACUAUCUUUGAUCCUAGUUUGUUGCUGUGGCACUAUUGUAAAUCUAAUUUCAACCGAACGUGACGGUGAGCUAUACUUUAUGAUUGGAUGGGUGGAAGAAAAUAUCCUCAUAAUGCAACAAAUGUUCAUCUACUGUCUCCGAAUCACAUUCGUGGUGUGUGCGUUGAUUCUGCCUUUUCCAUGUGCUCAGAUUUGCUACAUCUUGCAACAUCAUCGCUUUCAAAUCUACUUUUUGCUACACCACUUGAACCACAUCAAUUCCAACUAUGAGGAUUUUAACGACGAUUAUCUCUAUUGUAACAAGAAUUAUCAAAUUACGAUUCGACAAAGAUUGGUGUUUUGUAUUAAAAGGCACACAGAUUUGUUGAGUUUGGGUCAGCGAAUGACACCGAAUUCAGGGAUUUUUAUUUUUCUGUUUGCCAUCACUGGAGGAUUUGUGAUGAUCAGUAUUUUGUUGUUUGUGACUUCGGUACAAGAUAUGCCUUUAAUUGUGUACAUUCGUUUGUAUUACGUUACGUUCAGUUCGGUUUUUAUUUUGUAUGCUUAUUACAAGGAAGGUCAAGCCAUCGAGAAUGCAUAUGAGGAAAUAAUAGCGGCUUUGAGAAACACAAAUUGGUAUUGUUGGAAUAAUGCUAAUCAGAAAUAUUACUUCAAUAUUUAUACAAUGGCUUCGAAGGCUUCGAAAAUUAAGAUUACCGAAAAUGUUUCAUUCAAUUAUCAAUUAGGAGCGAGUGUUGUCAAAGGAAUCUAUUCCGGGUUUUGCCUCUUGUACCAUAUGAAUAUGUCAAAUAUUUAAAAAUAAUGAAAAACAAUUACAAUUAUAAUAAUUGCAGACAACUACUUAUAAAUUGUUAGUUAUAGAAUAAAUAUCUUAGAAUUUUCUUUGAGCUCAUGAAAUUUUCCAGAUUUUUUUAAUGUUAAUGUUAAGUCGCCGCAUAAAAUAUUAUUUACUAUCUCAUUUUAGAACAACCGAGAUUUAAGUGUUGUUUUAUGUAAAAAAAUUCAUAAAAAAUGUUUACUAAUACUCCAAAAGGAUCUACAUGAUUAUGUAAAAAUUAAAAAUUUUAAUUCUAACGAUGAUUUCUGUGCAGUUAAUCAGAUAUAGUAUAAAACAUUUUUACAGACUCACCCUGUAUUUUUAAAUCGAAAACUUUUUUAGAUAAAAAUUAAUUAAAUAAAAAAAGAAAAAACACUAAAUUGAUUUUGCUUGUGUUGAAAUAAAAAAUUUUUUAAAAACCGACAUAUUUUGAUGAAGUAAGAGUGAAAUUAUUAUUAUUUGUUUGAUUUUUAAACGAGGAACCGUUGAAAAUUAACAAAUUUUGACAAACGAAGAAGAAUGUAAGAAAAACUAGAAUUACGUUUAUUUACAACUUGAAAAAAGAGUGUCUUCUAUGUAAAUUACUUUUUUAUUUUUUAAAAUUUUUGUUUAAGUUCAAAAUUAUACCAAACUGCUAAAUAUGUAUUUUUUCUCUAUUAUUUUUGUGAGAAAAGCCUAUAAUACGUCCUACGUAAAACAAUUAAUACAAUAAAAUAAGUGCAAAACAACUUGGUUUUUGUCCAAAUUAUUUUGAUUUGAGAUUAUUUCAAGCGAGAAGUACUUGAAAAUCUACAUAUUUUGAAGAAGCAAAUUCGAAAAAAGUUAUUUCUGGUAUGUUUUUUAGAUUUUAAUUUAUUGGUCUGUUCAUCUGUUCAUUUUUAUUAAUUAUUUUAGUUUGGUUAGUUUAUAGUUUUUUAAUGUCAUUCUUUUUUUACUAAUUUUGUAAUUAUUUUAUUAUUAUUUAUAUUGUAGAUUGUUAUUUAUUGAUUUUUUAAUCAGUUUUUUGUUAUGCUGUUAUAUAUUACGCGUUUGUCUGUUUCUUUUUAUUCAUCAUAUUUGUUUGUUUAUUUUGUAAUAUCAGAUUUUUUUGUAGAUUUACUAAAUUUUCUCUUAUUACUUAUUUGAUUUUGUUUUAUUUAUUUCAAAAAUUAUUUUUAGAUAGUUGAAAAUCUACAUAAUUUGAAGAAGCAAAUACGAAAAAAGUCAUUUCUAGUAUUUUCUUUAGAAUGUAAUUUAUUUAUUUUUAAAUUUCUUACAUUUUUCUUUCAGUUUUUUAUUACGUAUUACGUGUAUGCGUUUAUCUGUUCAUUUUUAUUAACUAUUUUAGUUUGUUUACUUUAUAGUUUUUUAUUAUCAUUGCUUUUUUGAUAAUUUUUGUAAUUAUUUUAUCAUUAUUUAUAUUGUAGAUUGUUUCUUAUUAAUUUUUUAAUCAGUUUUUUGUUAUGCUGUUAUGUAUGUUUCUUUUUAUUCAUUAUAUUUGUUUGUUUAUAUUUUAGACAUAUAGUUUUAUUGAUUACUUUUUGAUUUUGGAAUUUAUCAUUAUUCAUAUUUUAGAUUUUAUAUUUGCAUUUAUUCUACACUUUUUUUUCUAGAUUCACUAAAUUUCCUCUUUGUACUUAUUUUGUUUUAUUUAUUUUUAAAAUUAUCUUUAGAUAUUUCUUAGAUUUUUCAUAACUACGUUUUUGUUAUGUAUUACUCUUUUAUCGAUUCAUUUUUAUUAACUCUUUUAGAUUUUUUAAUCUUUUAAGUUUGUUGAUUUUUUGCCAGUUUUGGAAUUUAUUAUUACUUAUAAAGUAGAUUUUUAUUUAUAUAU